CAAAAAAGUUGCCAUUUCUCCCCUUUGGAACAAACGCGCUGCACGGUGGAGAGGGGUAACUUAAUGCAUUCUAGCACGAUCUCUUAUUAACUCUCGCUUAUCUUCCUCUUUUAGAAAAGCUGCAACUUUUCUGUGUCUUGGCAAUUUAAAGUAGACCCUUGGUUUUAGAGAAUCUACACAUGGACCAUCACAAGGCGGCUGGUGAAAUAAGCUGGUUGACAAAUUAUAACGAAAAGUAACGAAUUUGAAAUCAGAAAGGAAGCAAACGAUGCUCUAAGGAUGGAUCCAAAUCGAUAUAAAUACACGCACUAUUGCUGCUCUUCUUGGUCCAUCAACUCUCAGAACUACAUCUUAAAAUCAUUCUUCGAUCAAUCUCAGUUUUCAUAAGUUCGAAAUCUCAGUUUUAUAAACCAUAAGAUUUCCAUACCAAUGUCUUCCUACUUGAUUACUGGAGUCUCUCGUGGCGUUGGUUUCGAGUUCCUCCGCCAGCUCUCUGAGAACCCUGCCAAUACUGUCUUUGGCCUCGUCCGCAACAAAGCAGCCACCGAGUCCAAGGUUGCCGCUGAAAUAGGCCGGGAGAAUAUUCACAUCAUUCAAGCCGACACCACGGACUAUGUGGCAUUGGAGAAAGCAGCUCAGUUUGUAUCUGAGAAAACGAAUGGCGCCCUUGAUUAUAUCAUAGCCAAUGCCGCACUCCAAGCUAAGACUGCUUUGGUUGGCUUUGAUACUCUGAGCAGCGACCCAGGAGCCCUUGAACAAGAUUUGAUUGACCACUUCCGAAUCAAUACCAUCGGCGCCAUCCAUCUAUUCAAUAUUUUCAUGCCCCUGAUUUUGAGAGGUCGGGCAAAGAAAGUGAUUGCCAUCUCCACGGGCAUGUCGGACCCUGAGAUGACACUCAAGGCCGAUAUAUUCCAAGCCACAUCUUAUGCAAUAAGCAAGGCAGCUCUUAAUAUGGCUGUGGCCAAGUUCAGCGCUAUAUACCGUGAGAAAGGUGUCCUCUGCAUGGCUAUAUGCCCCGGUGCUGUCAACACUGGCAGUCUUCAAAUUGAAACCGAGGAGGAGGGACAGCUGGCCAUGGCUAUGUUUGGGAAGUUUAAGCAGUAUUCACCCACCUUUGAAGGGCCUCAGAAGACAGAAGACAGUGUCAAAUCGGUCUUGGCUCUCGUGAACAAGGCUACUGUUGACGGUGGUUACGCAGGCACCUUUAUCUCUCAUACAGGAGGAAAGCCAUACCUUUGAGACUGUGUACCAGGAAGCGUUAAGGCUACUGAAAACGUUUAUAUGUAGAUUUAUCUUUUAUACUUUACUCCAAUAAAUAAACAGCGCAUC